AUGGAGAAAUCACAAAACCGAUUUAACGAGAAAUCGUCUUCGUAUGACGUUCAUAGACCAGAAUUUAAACCUCACACUUCUGAUUCACGGUUUCAUGAACACAUUGAUACCUCGCCCAAUUCACCUCAAUUAGGAAAUGGACAUGGAAAUAGCAAUGGGGAUGGUAGCGUGAACGAACAUGAACAUCCCCAUCUAUUCGCUAAAGGUUAUGAAGAAGGUUUGGCAAUGGGAUCAGAAAGGAGAAUGGGUAUUGAAAAACGCUUGAAAAUGAAAUUGGAUGCUAGAUUUAGUGUAUUGAUCGUCAUUUAUAGUACGUCUUCAAUCUCUCUUGCGGUUUUAUCCUGCCUUUCCGGGUGUUCUGGUUUUUUGGUCUUGGGACGAAAAGGAGCUGAUCAAUACUCAUUUGAACCUAUCCAGUAUUUCAUUAAUCAAGUUUUGGAUUACCUUAGAAACUAUAUCGAUCGAAAUAAUGCAGCUGCAGCAAGACUUAAGGGAUUCGAAGCGGAUUUACAUUUAUCAGAUACCGAAUUCCAAACUCUUUUAUCUAUUCUUUAUGUUGGGUAUAUCCUAUUCCAAGUCCCAUCGAAUAUGCUUCUGAACCGGAUUGGAAGACCAUCAAUCUACCUUCCAUGUGCCAUGUUAGUAUGGGGAAUGAUCAGUGUCUUGACUGGUAUUACGAAGGACUUCACCGGAGCUCUACUUACUAGGCUUUUCUUGGGAAUGGUAGAGGCCGCUUUCUUACCAGGAGCAUUGUUUAUUCUAAGCAAAUGGUAUAAGAAAGAUGAACUCUCCUUGCGAUAUACACUCCUCUAUUGUGGUAAUUUGAUUUCCAACGCAUUUGGAUCAUUGAUUGCAGCUGGUGUAUUGGCGAAUAUGGAUGGUAAAAAAGGUCAUGCAGCUUGGCGAUGGUUAUUCUACAUUGAAGGAGCCUUAACAAUGUUUUUCGCUUUGGUGGCUAUACCAAUGUUACCUGAUUUCCCUCAUAACACCAGACGGGGAUUUACAGAAGAAGAAUUAAAAGUCGCUCAAUUGAGAAUGUUGGAAGAUACUGGUGAAAUUGAUUCGGAUUCAACUGAAGAGAAAUGGUUUACCGGUUUAGUAAUGGCUCUCAAAGACUGGAAAAUCUAUAUUUUGAUGUUGAGUUUGACUGCUUGUGUGACUGGAUUAUCAUUCAACAUCUAUUUCCCAACUUUGACUAAAACGUUAGGAUACGGUACGACCGAGACACUUCUCUUGGCUGCACCCCCUUGGGUUUUCUCAUGUAUACUAGCCCUCAUCAACUCUUGGCACUCUGAUAGGACUCAAGAGAAGUUCUGGCAUUCCACAUGGCCACUAUUGAUGGGUAUAAUGGGAUUCAUCAUCUCGAUGGCAACUAAACCAACCAACAAAGCAGCAAGAUACGUAGCUUUGUUCUUCCAAGCUGGAUCUUAUGCUGGUUAUAUCAUUAUGUACACCUGGAUGAGUAGUUCUUUCCCUCGUCCACCGGCUAAAAGAGCUGUAGCACUUGCUUUCAUGAAUGCUCUUUCACAAACUGGUAACAUUGCAGGAAGUUACGUUUGGCCAGCAAAAUAUGGACCUACAUAUAUCAAAUCAUACGGUAUAGUUUUGGCAAUGUUCGGCACUACUAUUCUGCUCAACAUAUACUUCCGGCAAAUCCUGAUCAACGCUAAUCGAAAAUUAGAAGAAGGGGAAAGGGCUUUCGAUGAACAUGGAGAUACAGCUGCACAAGCUGCUAAACUCGAGAACACUACUGUCAAAGAUGCUCAACAGAUGCAAAGAGGAUUCAGGUUCUUGAUCUGA